GGAACAAAAAUUAGUUUGACACCCCUUGCUAAAACUAAUACUUUAAUGACCUCCUGCAAUGACACCUUUAUUUUCCAUUUUCAUUGUUAUUUGAAUAGUCCCAGGGUUAGGAAAUAGAAAAAUGGCCUGAGCUGAGAUCUGAACCUCAAAUGUGAAACUGUCAGGUACACUAACCACUCGACCACUGUGCUGUUACGCUAAUCUAACGUUAUUCAAUAUGGUAGACACAAACUAUAGUUCAGAAAUAGUUUGAUGCAGUUCAAUCGGGACACACACAUUAAUGAUCGUGUUGUAAAAUGACUGGCUCUCUGCCAGUGUCAAUCAAAACAAUAACCAUACUAGAAACCUUUCCUCGGUACGUCAUGUGUGAUUCACCAAAAUAAUUUGCAUGAAGGCAAGUACGGAAAUUAGUCUGGAGGUGAGUCCGACAAGAUCCACCGAAUGGAAAACAUAGCACUAAUAUGAAUCAUAGGCAACGCGAACACGUCUCAGUGGCAAAGCUGACACGAUCCUUCGUAACGGUGUCGUGUUCCCUUGCUGCUAGCCGCCAGACUCAAGUCCGCGCGCGACAUGUUUCUUCGCCACUUGAGCAGUGUGGCCACCAGCCUCUUUCCCCAACAUCUCAUCGUCUGCCGACUUGGCCUCGUCUGCUUCACCCCCGUCCCCGUUCUGACCUCUCCUUCCCGGCUUCCCGCCCCCACUAGGACCAGUCCUUGCCGGCUGUUCACCUCCACCGGUGUCAUGAUGGAGCACAGCGAUCGAGAGCCUCCUCACAAACGCAUGAAGAACGCUGAAGGAAAGAGGAGCGUAAAACAUGGGGACGCAAACAGAGGAGGAGGGGAGAAGUCAAACCGAGGAUGCACCGGGUCGGAAUUUCGCGCGAGGGAUGCAAAUCAACCUGGGAGAAGUCAGAGCAGAGAUGUAGAGAGCGGCACCGCACCGUCACAGCGCUGCGGGUUCAAACCCGAGCGGCGGACCGCGGAUGAGGAGACAUCGGGAGGCCGGCCGAGCGGCUUCCUCCCUCAGGCCGAAACUUCCUCCGAGGUAGCGGGUGGGGAGCCUCCUCCGCCGGGAAUGGAGUCGGCUGUUGAUCAAGCGCCGAUGCUGGGUCAGGAGAGGCAGCUUGACAGACGCUGGGAGAUGUCACCAGCCUGCAGUGCCGCGGCGCCGCCACUCGGGGGCGGCAGAGCAUUUGACUUUUCGGUGAUGUCGUACAACAUCCUGUCCCAGGAGCUGCUUCACGCCAACUCGUUCUUGUACCGACACUGCUCGGCUGCGGCGCUGGCCUGGUCGCACCGGCUCCCCAACCUGCUGGUCGAGCUGCGCAAGUACGACGCCGAUGUGCUCUGUCUUCAGGAGGUCCAGGAGGACCACUUUGAAAACCAGAUCAAACCGGCUCUACAGGCACGAGGUUACGAGUGCGUGUACAAGAAGCGCACGGGGAAGAAACCAGACGGUUGCGUCGUGGCGUUCAAGACGUCGCGCCUCCGUCUGCUUUCUUCCAAUCCCGUCGAGUUCUUCCGGCCGGGCGACGCCCUCCUGGACCGCGACAACGUGGGAUUGGUCGUCCUGCUGCGGCCCAAAGACGCCGCCGCGUCGUCCGGGUUCGUGUGCGUGGCCAACACGCACCUGCUGUACAACCCGCGGCGAGGCGACGUCAAGCUGGCCCAGCUGGCCAUCCUUUUGGCCGAGAUCAGCCAUUCGUCCCGCCCCUCGAACGGCUCCCGAAACCCGGUGGUUCUGUGCGGAGACUUCAACUCCACGCCUUCCAGUCCGCUGGUCGCUUUCCUCAUGGCGGGACGCCUCCAGUACCGAAACCUUCCCAUCAGCAUGGUUUCGGGUCAGGAGUACGGCUCCCGCGGUCAGCGCCUCUUGGACAAUCCCAUCUGGUCUCCCACGUUAGGCAUCAACCGGCAGUGCCAGUACGAGAGCGGCUCCGCCUCCGCCGCGUCCUCGUCGCCAUCCUCUGCCCCUGUUGAACAAGAAAUCGAUCCUCUAUCGGUCAAAGACAUCGCCAAGCGAGCGGCCGCCAAAGACGCUUCGAAAAGUUGGAGUCUGGAGCACGACCUGACGCUGCGCUCGUCAUACACUCCUUGGCUGAUGCCCGACGGCCGCGCCGCCAUCACGACGUGCCACUCGCGCUGCGCCAUGAUGGUGGACUACAUCCUGUACACGCCGCUCGAGUCACUUCCUGGUGGGCGGGGCCUCGAGCUGCUGGGCCGGCUGUCAUUGGUGGGCCAGCCGGAGUUGGAGCAAGUCGGCGGUCUGCCCAACUUGCGCCAUCCGUCGGACCACCUCCCGCUGCUCGCUCGCUUCCGGUGGCACUCGUGAGUGAGGCCGAGGACUUCUCGUUACGGUUUGUUAGCAGGAUUUUUGCAACAACAAAAAAAAGGCAAUUUCUGGGACUGCUGUUAUAAAAGUAAUUUUUCUACCUUUGUCGGACAAUAAUCUAAUAAUAAUAAUUCAUCUAAAAUAUGUCACUUUCAGUUUUUUAUAUUUGCGUUUUUGCAAAGGAAUACCUCAUUACUUUUUUAUUUUUUUUGUAAAUUUGUCAGAAAUUACAUUGUAAAAAAAUGUACACUGCAAUGCAUCAUGGGACGAAACGUGGAUCCAAACUUGAAGGAUUUUAACACCCCCCCACAUCAGGAGGAUUGUAAACUGCUGACAUGCGGUGUGGCUCCUACUUCCUGAUCUCUAAGCUCAUGCACACAUGAAAUAUUAAGGAUUAUUUCUACAAAUCUGCUUCCUCUGCACACACACACACUCGAGGCAGUAAAGCAGAUUAUCAGGUGUCAAGCUGUGCACGCGUGAUGAAUCCGCGUCCUUCGGCUUUCUCCUUCAAACCCCUUUCAGAGACGUUUAAAAUGAUAUUUUUUGAAUACGUUGAUGAUUGCAAUUCAGCUGCAAUUCGAAAUCAGUUAAAGAUGUAGAAUUUUUGUACUUAAGAAAAUCUAAAUGUACUGUAAAUAUGCAUGUAAAAUGUAAUGUAAAUAGUAUUGUACUGUUUUAAAUUUUAAACAUGACUUGAAAAAAAUACAAAAAUUAAAAUGCAUCCACAAGU